GCAAUGCCUUUCCUCGUUUGGUUCAACCUGCUGCUGCUUUUCCCCGGCAUCAGUACAUCGAAGACCUGCUUCCCGGGAUGUCACUGCGAAGUGGAGAGUUUCGGUCUCUUUGACAGCUUUAGCCUCACCAAGGUGGACUGCAGCGGCAUCGGGUCCCAUAUCGUCCCUGUCCCCAUCCCUUUGGACACCACCUACUUGGAUUUAUCGUCAAACAAACUGGAGUCCAUUAACGAGUCAAUGCUGACGGGCCCCGGCUACACAACGUUGGUCAGCCUCGACCUCAGCAACAACCGGAUCUCAAGGAUCACUUCCACCACGUUCUCUAGACUCCGAUAUCUUGAAUCUUUGGAUCUGAGUUACAACUCUCUGGUCACCCUUCCAAACGAAUGCUUCUCCAGGUCACCCCUGGGGGACGUCGACCUGAGUAACAACCUCCUCCUGGAAAUAUCCAUGGACGUCUUUGCAUCGAAAGGUCAAGGGAAACCCAUCAACGUGGAUCUCUCGAACAAUUUAAUAAGCGUGGUCUUCAGGCAGCAGGACAAAGCCGUUCCCAACAUUCAGAGCUUGAGUCUGUCUGGGAACAGGCUCAGAAGUAUCCCAAACCUUCAAGGAAUACCUCUUCGGUACUUAAACUUUGAUGGAAACCCCGUGUCGGCAAUUGAGAAACACGCGUUCUCCGGACUGAAGGAGUUGACCCAUUUGUCGCUCAGUGGCCUUCACGAUCUGUCAGCGAUCUCCCCGUACGGUUUCAAAGAUCUGCCUGCUCUCCAAGUGCUCGAUCUGUCCGGCAACCCCAACCUUAAAUCCUUGGAGGCUGAAGUGUUUUACAGCUUAAGUUCUUUGCAAGAACUCAAUCUGUCAGGCACGGGAGUAGCCGCUUCCUUGUCAAAAGCCAUGUUGAAUUACUUGCCUUCCAUCAAAAGCAUCACUUUGGGGAAGAACGUCAAGUGCCUGAAGACAAUCCGCGAAGGCCAGUACCACAGACAACAAACGGGGCCGACCAAGAAAGAGAUUCUCAGUUGUCAUGAUAGUCAAGGGUCAGUUGCCAUAGCGCCCUACACCUUAUGACAGGCCGAGGAGAACGAGUAAACACCCAGAC